AUGCAGUGGGCUUUUGCCGCCUGUUUGUUGGUGGCGUGCGCGAGCGCCGCCGAUGUCAUAGCGUCGGUGACAAUUUGUCCGAUCGACACCGAGACGAUAUACAUAAUGCAGCACAACGUGAGCACCGGCGCGAAAUUGCGCACAAUUCCGACGGCGAAUCUCGGCGAGUGCUCGGAGCACUGCACGAGCUCGCUCGACUGUCAAGGCGUCGAGUUCGUCGGCGGCAAUUGCGCGGUGUUCGGCGCCGGCAACGAGGCGGCCAUCGACGGCGCGCAAGUUCUCACGAAGACGUGCGUCAAGAGCAAUCGCGUUUGCCAAUCGCCGUUCCAGUUCGACGUGUUCGAGCAGAAGAUACUCGUGGGUUUCGCGCGCGAGGUCGUGCCCGCCGACAACAUCCAGGUGUGUAUGGCGGCGUGCCUCAACGCGUUCGACACGUUCGGCUUCGAAUGCGAAUCGGCCAUGUUCUAUCCGACCGAUCAGGAGUGCAUCCUCAACACCGAAGACCGCCUCGAUCGGCCGUCGUUGUUCGUCGAUGAGGCCGACGACACCGUCAUCUACAUGGACAACAAUUGCGCCGGCUCGCAAUGCUAUCCGCCCUACAUCACCCAAUACAUCGCCGUUGAAGGCAAACAGCUGAAGAAUGAGCUCGACAAGAUCAUCAACGUCGAUUUGGACUCGUGCCAGGCGUUGUGCACUCAGCGGCUAUCGGUCUCGACGGCCGACUUCAAUUGCAAAUCGUUCAUGUACAACUACGUGUCGCGCACGUGCAUUCUCGCCGACGAGCGCUCGAAGCCGCUGGGUCGCGCCGAUCUCGUCGCCACACCGGGCUUCACCUAUUACGAGAAGAAGUGUUUCGCGUCGCCGAACACAUGCCGCAACUCGCCGUCGUUCAAACGCGUCCCGCAAAUGAUACUCGUCGGAUUCGCCGCGUUCGUCAUGGAGAACGUGCCGUCGGUGACGAUGUGCCUCGAUCAGUGCACCAAUCCACCACCGGAGACCGGCGACGGAUUCGUGUGCAAGUCUGUGAUGUACUAUUACAAUGAGCAAGAGUGCAUUCUCAAUUCGGAGACGCGCGACUCGAAGCCGGACUUGUUCAUUCCCGAAGGCGACGAGUUCCUCGUCGAUUACUUCGACAUCACGUGCCAUUUAAAGCAGGAGCGUUGCCCCGUCGGCCAACACCUCAAAGCGGUUCGCACCAUCAACGCGGCGUUGCCCGAAGGCGAAAGCGAACUCCAUGUGCUCAAAUCAUCGGCGGCCAACGGCAUCAAAGAAUGCAUGGCGAAAUGUUUCGCGCUCGCGCCGGAAAAGUGCCGCUCGUUCAACUACGACAAAAAGGCGGCCACGUGUGAUCUACUCUAUCUCGACGGCUACAACACGCUUCGUCCGCAAGUCCGUCAAGGAACCGACCUCUAUGAUUUGCACUGUCUCGCCGCUCUUCCUCUAGUCGAAAACGAUUGCUCGGCGAACAAGGACGACGCGCUGUUCUCGCGCUAUCUGCACACGAAGCAACGCGGAAUCCCAAGCAAAUCCUAUAAGAUCGUCUCGCUGAACUCGUGCCUCGAAGUGUGCGCCGGCAAUCCGACGUGCGCCGGAAUCAACUACAAUCGCCGAUUGGGCGACUGCAGUCUGUUCGACGCCAUCGACGGCGAUUCGGAGGUCAACGAGCACACCGACUUCUACAAGAACCUCUGCGUCAUCAAGGAGAUCGACACCGGCGUCUCGGCUGCCGCCAACGUGCCGGCGACGAAGCAUCGCGUCUCGGGCACCGUCGUCGAGAGCAAAGACAGCAAAUCGCAAUUUCUCGCCACCAAAAAGGUCAAGAAGCCGAAGUUCAAAGAGAGCGAGCAUCGACGGGCGCCCGAAUCGACGAUUCCGCUCGGUCCGCCGGUGGAAGUGAAAUGCGAGGCGAUUCAGACGAUCUGCAACUACGAGGGCAUCAAGGUGCAAAUCAACAACGGCGAGCCGUUCAGCGGUGUGAUAUUCGUCAAGAACAAGUUCGACACGUGUCGCGUCGAGGUGGCCAACUCGAACGCCGCGACACUCGUGCUCGGAUUGCCGAAAGAUUUCGGCAUGCGACCGAUCACGCUGGACAACGUCGACGACAACGAGGCGAAGAAGGCGAAGAGCGACGGCAACAUCGAGGACAUCGGCGUCGAGCAUCAGAAGGAGGCGCUCGAGGAGUUCCGUCGUCGUCAGAAGCGACAGGCGCCCGAAUUCCGCGAUUGUGGUCUCGUCGAUCUGCUCAACGGCACCUACAAAUCGACGGUGGUGAUCCAGACGAACAAUUUGGGAAUUCCGGGACUCGUCACCGAAAUGGAUCAGCUCUAUGAGGUGUCGUGCGACUAUUCGAGUAUGCUCGGCGGAAAAGUUCAAGCCGGCUACAACAUGACGGUCACCGGUCCCGAGGCGAAUCUCAUUCAGCCGCGCGGCAAAAUCGAGCUCGGCAAUCCGGUGCUGAUGCAGUUGCUCAAUGGCGACGGCAGCGAGCAGCCGCUGGUUCAGGCGAAACUCGGCGACAUUCUCGAGCUUCGCUGGGAGAUCAUGGCGAUGGACGACGAGCUCGACUUUUUCGUCAAACGCUGCCACGCCGAGCCGGGCAACGCCGCGAAAACCGGCGGCGCCGCCGUCGAGAAGUUGCAGCUCAUCGACGACGGCUGCCCGACGCCGGCCGUCGCCCAGAAGCUCAUUCCCGGCGCCAUCGAGGUCAAGAGCAGCGCCGUCAAAUCGACGCGAAUGCAGGCGUUCCGCUUCGACUCGUCGGCAUCGAUUCGUGUCACGUGCGAGGUGGAGAUAUGCAAAGGCGAAUGCACACCGGUCGAGUGUGCUCUUCACGAGGGCCAGAAGCAAUCAUGGGGACGCAAGAAGCGCGAAGUGAGCAAUCGCAUCGAUGAAUUCGAGACCAAUCGCUAUCUAGUUCCGCGCCAUUCGAAAGCGACCACCUCAAUCGUCAUCAUCGAUCCACUUCAGCAGGUAUGCGCCAAGGUGAACGAGCCGGUGGCGAUGUCGCGCUCAUCGACACUGGAUCUGCUUCGCGAAGAGGCCGAAGAGAUCCGAAUCGCCGACGGCGGCGCGUUGUGUCUCGCGCGAUCGACGAUGCUCGCCAUUUUCGGCACCCUCGCCGCGCUCAUCGUCAUCCAGGCGGCCGUCGUCGCCUACUACGUUUUUCGGCGAAUCGCAUCGCCAAAGACGAUCGCCUAA